AUGUCGUCCUUCGCGUGUAAUACGAUUAAAAUGAAGAAGAGUCAAGGUCGUGAACAGCCACAAACUGGACUUAGUGAUAAUGCGUCCAAAGAUUUGGAUGAUCAUAAGCCAGGAGGACUUGUGCUUGAUUGUGUUGAAUCAAAAGAUUCUGAACAUGAUCAUACAUCGAAGGAAUUUCAAGAUCAUCCAGAAAAAGAUAUUGUACAUGAUAUCUUACCAACAACUGGCAGAGAUGUUUAUGGUGAAAUAGAAGAGUAUCUUGGAAUUAUUCAAAAUAUCGACGGCGAGGUUGCACAAAUGCGCCAAAAGCAAACAGACAUAUGGGCUGAUAUUAGGAAAAAAGAACGUGAAUUAUUGACGUUGGUUAAAGGCAAACAAAUUGAUGCGAAAAAAAAGGAAAAAGAAAUUUAUGAUUUAAUCGCAAUGGAUAGUCAGACUGAUGUUUCCAUCAAAACAUAUGAAGAAGAUAAAAAACUCAAUCAAGAAAAAAUAUUAAAAAAACCGGCAGAAAUUUUUGCCGGUGAUAAUGAAGAAGGAUUUGUAGUUAAUCCUCAAGAAUUGAAAGGUUCUGAAAUUGGUGAUAAAGAAGAAAUUUUAUUCGAUGAUGAUUCGGAACUAUUUGUACCUGCUAGUAAACGAUUACAAGGUUCUCAUCAUGGUGGUAAUGAAGAACGAUAUUUACCACCUACUAGAGAAGAUGCUUACGAUGAUAUACGAGUAAACACGGCUGUGAAAUAG